UUUACAGACUAAAUUAAACCGUGGGCAAACAAAAGAGAGACACCAUCCAAAUUACAGCCUACCAAGUCCACUAAAUGUGGGAAAUACUUUUCCAAGGCUUUUGAACUCCGAAGUGGAACAGAAGGAAGACACAGGGACACACACACCGUUCAGUGUUAUUUUCCUUGCACAGGAAAGAGAGAUCGUUAUGAGAUGAGCACGAAAGUCUCAAGUUUUCAAAGGUUUGCAUAACAAACAAGAGACACAUUGUGGGUUGCAUCUUGACUUUGAAGGCUUGCCACUGUCAACUGAAAUAAAAUGGCAAGGUUUAAAGCCUUAACCAAGUUCACAAGGAAAAUAUUUGGACUAAAGGUUUUGGAAAGUUUUCUCUCUUUGAAGUAAUUUGUCAUGUGUUACCAAUGUGAACUUUAUUGACCUUGAAACGUUUUUGUUUUUUUUUUUUUUUUUGAAUCAAAUAGCAACUAGUGACACUUUAGUAAAAUCUUAAAUCAACAACCAUCUCCUGGCGGCUCCAGCUUCAUAGCAAAUGCAGGCAAAGCAGGGAAUCUACAGAAGAGACCUUUAUUAUUUGUAAAUGAAGCCUGCCAAAACGUUCCCAAAAUAGCAUUCAAAGACCCUUUUAAGGUCAUGGAUCCUGAACAAAGCCAGAAGAGCACAAAAAAGGCUGAGGAAAGUCCAAGAAAGAGGCUUCCCAAAGGAGAGGCUUUCCAAGCCAGUAUUUCAUCCGCAGCUACGUACCAGGGCAGCUCUGCUUCUUCGCAAGGAACCCCUCUCCGAGAUAUCAUAUCGCAGCAGCACUUUUCUGGUUCUUUGCCGAUACCGAGAGAGGAGUCUCAAGAGAAGAGUGGACAUCAGAAGCAACCUAAGCCUUCCUCUUUUGAACAUCCUCCCCACGUUUCGCAGCUUCAGCAGCAGGCACUGUCACCAGCAUUUAUGUCUCCUGGGAAACCAGAACAUGUCCUUGAAGGUCCCACAUGGCAGCUAGUUGAUCCAGUAAGACCAGGUCCCUCGGGCUCCUUUUCAACACCUGGGCUCCACUCUCACCACGGCCAGCUCUUACCUUCCCAUUCACCAAUCAUUCCUGGAGAGGACGUGCCGUCCGUUCAAAAGGUCUACAUCCCUCGCCCUUCGCAGGUUUCCUUAAAACAAGCUGAGGAAGUGCACAAGAAGGAAAAGAAACCUCAGAAGCCAGGCAAGUACAUUUGCCAGUACUGCAGCAGGCCUUGUGCAAAGCCAAGUGUGCUCCAAAAACAUAUCAGGUCACACACGGGUGAGAGGCCAUACCCUUGCAUUCCAUGUGGCUUUUCUUUUAAGACUAAGAGCAAUUUGUAUAAACAUAGGAAAUCUCAUGCUCAUCGAAUAAAAGCUGGGCUGGCCUCAGGGAUCGGAGCGGAGAUGUAUCCAUCGAGCUUGGAAAUGGAAAGGAUUGGUGGGGAGGACUUUGAGGAGCCAACAGAAGGAGAAAGCACAGAUUCGGAGGAGGAAACGGGUGCAAUGUCAGGCCAUUCGGUAGAGCUCUCACCCAGGCAGAAGCACACUCUGUUGUCCAGUAGCUUGCUGAGUGGAGGGAGCCAAGGCUCCAGCCACGACCGGUGUUCGUUGUCUCAUUCCAGUAUGUCUCAGUCUCUCGAGGACAGCACUCAGUUUGCGGAGCCAUCAUCAGACCACGCUCUGAGCCAUAAAUCUGAAGAUACCCACACUAUAAAGCAGAAGCUUGCGCUCCGCUUAAGCGAACGGAAGAAGGUCAUAGAUGAGCAAGCUUUCCUGAGCCCCGGGAGCAAAGGGAGUACUGAGUCGGGCUACUUCUCACGAUCAGAAAGCGCGGAGCAGCAGAUCAGCCCACCAAAUACCAACGCCAAAUCUUAUGCAGAAAUUAUUUUUGGGAAAUGUGGUAGAAUUGGGCAAAGGACUUCAGCAUUAGCUGCAAACACAACCCAGGGGUUUCCGCACCUGUCUACUGAAGAGAAACCUAGCAUGGUACCGUUAUCUGUGCCUAGAACACAGGUUAUUGAACACAUCACUAAGCUAAUUACAAUUAAUGAAGCUGUUGUAGAUACCAGUGAAAUAGAUAGCGUUAAGCCUAGAAGAAGCUCUUUAUCUAGACGUAGCAGCAUUGAAUCUCCAAAGUCUGGUGUAUAUAGAGAACCAUUUCAGUUUGAUAUCAAGUCUGGUUCCAGUAGCCAGUUGGAUGCAUCGAAAGCGUUGACAUCCCACGGCGAAAAAAUUAAGCCCGAACAAUCAUUGUUGUCACUUCAGCAAUCCCACAGUGCCACAGAGACAGUGCCUCUCCUAAGAAGCCACUCAAUGCCUUCUGCUGCAUGCACUAUAAGCUCCCCACACACCUUUAGAGGUAGCUAUUCAUUUGAUGAUCACAUCAUGGAGCCUGAAGUCUUAAGCCGCAGUCAAGCGUUUUCUUCCCAUCCUCGAAUGCUAAAACGACAACCAGCUAUUGAGCUACCUUUGGGAGUAGAAUAUGUCUCAGAGGAGGUUAGCUCUGCGAACAAAGAAACUGUUUCCAAACCUCCCGAGGAGCCUGAAACCAAGGAAAGCGAUCUUACCAAAAAGUCACGGAAGGGCCCCAAAGUUAAAGGGUUCAUGUACGAAUGUAACGUGUGUGGCGCUCGGUAUAAGAAAAGGGACAAUUACGAAGCCCAUAAGAAAUACUACUGUUCAGAACUGCAGCUCUCCAAGCCUCGUUCUUCCACUUCCCAUACCUCUUCAGAGACUGAGAAAAGCGUUGCAGAUCCUGACACAUGGCCCCAGGUGAUGCAUUACAAGCUAGGGAGCAGCUUGGAGCUCACACCGCUCCGGAAAAGACGAAAGGAGAAGAGUCUUGGUGAUGACGAGGAGCCUCCAGCUUUUGAGUUGUCUGAGACUGCCUCCUCCAGUACUGGGCCAGGGGCUCAGUUUGCAAACCCAGCAUCAUCUGAUGUUGCUUUAAACCUAACCCGUGAGUCCAUUAAGUCACCAGCAGAUCCGGGUAAAUCCGCACCUUCUGAUGUCAGUGCCAGCUUUCAGUCCAGGAAUACCAAACCAUCUUCGAGUGCGGAGGGCAAAGAGAGAAGAACAACCUCAAAGGAGAUCUCCGUCAUCCAGCAUACGAGCUCCUUUGAGAAGUCAGACUCUAUCGAGCAGGCGAGCAGCUUGGAAGGAGAAGACAAAGCCUUGUCACAGUACUCAUCUCAGCCGACACCUCAGCACAGUCGACCGCCUCACUCCCUGCAGCCCAGGCUGGUACGGCAGCCCAACAUCCAGGUCCCAGAGAUUUUGGUCACAGAAGAGCCUGACAGACCAGAAACAGAGCCAGAGCCUCCUCCGAAAGAGCCAGAGAAAACGGAGGAAUUUCAGUGGCCACAGAGGAGCCAAACCCUCUCUCAGCUCCCUGCAGAGAAACUCCCACCAAAAAAGAAGAGGCUGCGGCUGGCAGAAAUGGCUCAGUCCUCUGGAGAGUCCAGUUUUGAAUCGGUCUCUCUCACCCGAAGCCCAAGUCAGGAGAGCAGCGUAUCCCACGGCUCCAGCCACUCUGUGUCAUUUGAUCGCGACGAUCACAGCAAGUCAGAGUCGACCAGCCAGCCCUCUGAAUCCCACCCAAAGCCUCCUGGCAUUGGCUCGCACAUGUUGAUGGUACCAAGUCACCAUCAUCAUUCCAGGGAAAUGCGGAGAUCUGCUUCUGAGCAGACACCAAACGUGUCCCAUCCUUCCCAGAUGUCAGAGACCCGCAGUAAGUCAUUUGACUAUGGGAGCUUGUCAUCUACUCCUGCCUCAACCUCUGGUUCUUCAGCCUCCUCAGCUCCACAGGAGAGAAGGAAAUGCUUUCUAGUUAGGCAAGCAUCCCUCACUCGACACCCAGAGCAUGAGCCAGACUCGGCUCCAACAGGCCGGUUGGAGACAGAAGAUCCAAUUCCUUCUUCAAGUAAAUCUCCUUCAACAAGUUUGCCCCAUCAGCCACCAUCUUCAUCCCCUUUACCUUCUCAUGGUUCCUACCCAAGUGAAAAGAGUCAGCCAAAAGACAGCCCCCAGCCAGCCUACACCCAACCCUACACAGAAGCUCUGCAAGUGUUUCAUCAUCCCAUACCACAGCUGACGCUGCAUGAAAAGCAGUUCAUGUCCCCACAGGUUUCUCUCUUUCCCUACCAGCAUCUCCUGCCACAGCCAGGGCAGUCAGCAGAGCUCUUCGCCGCACACACGAUGUCUGACAUCCUCUCUGCUCAGUUCACCAUGCCCCAGAUUCCUCCUUCCAUAUUUCAGAGCCCACCACUGCCUCUUCCGCAAACGCUCAUCCACCCAGCCCCGCUUCAUGUCGCUCCUCCCUUAAUGUCUCACCCUGCCGAGGUGUCGUUCAGGCAGCAUCCUUCAUUCCUGCCCGUGCAUUACCCCGGCUCCUCACCAAUCUCUUCAGCCUUUUUUCUGCCUCUUCAGCCUCAGUUUGCGCUCCAGUUGCCAGAUGAAGCUGGUGGACAUUUACCACAGAUCAAAUCCAGUUUAUUCCCAGCAGCAGGAACCUCCAGUCUUUCGCCGUGCACAGAAUACAGCUCGGACAGUAGGUUGCAUCCUUUGACCUGCACAACAAGUCCUUCAGUGUCCAUAUCCUCCUCUCAGCUCGUUGUUCCUACGCGAUCAGACCCAAUGGUGUCUCUUGUUGUCCCCGUUCGCAUACAGACGAAUAUGCCGUCCUAUGGGAGCGCAAUGUACACAACGCUUUCCCAGAUUCUGGUCACUCAAUCCCAGUGCAGUUCCUCUUCUAUCGUUCUCCCAAAAUUCGAUGAUCGCCAGCCCAAGGGUACCCUGGUCUGUAGCGCUGAUGUUCAUGGCCUAGGCUUCGAUCUGGCACAGAUGAUCACAGAGGAUCAAAGAAGCAUUUUCCAGAGCCCGUAUCUGAGGGUGCCUUUACCCUUACCAGAACGAAAAGGCUAUAUGCCACUCACCUCCCCAUCAGACAACAUCCUCGGACUGGAAGGAGGCCCAUCAACAGUCGGUGGAAGCAAAAGGAUGCUCUCUCCGGCUGGUAGUUUGGAGUUGACAAUGGAAACACAACAGCAGAAGAGAGUGAAAGAGGAGGAAGUGUCUGAAGUGGAAGAGAAGUUGGAAGUGGUGAAGCCACCCAGUGCAAUAGAAGAAGGGAAAAAGCAGGAUAAAUCUCACUUUCUUGGAGAAAGCCAAGGCAGAGUGGAGGUUGAAACACCACCUAGCUUGUCCUCAGAGCAGUCAGAGCCAAAGGAAAUCCCAAGUACUUUGCAGCAAGCUGUGUCCCGUUCAGGUUCUCCAAGUUUUGAGGCACUGGAAGAGUAUAAGCAGCCAGCGGGCAAGCAGUUCCUCAGCAAGGCACCUUUACAACCCGUGAAGAAAGAAGACUCCAAAGAACUGGUGGAGCAGUCUCCACCAAACCCUCCAAGCCCUGCGCCUCAGCCUGAGGUCGCUCCUAGUGCAAUGAAGUCUCGAGAAGGUACAGAUACAAAGAAGGUACUUCAGUUCCCCAGUCUCCACACAACCACUAAUGUCAGUUGGUGCUAUUUAAACUACAUAAAGCCAAAUCAUAUCCAGCAAGUCGAUCGACGGUCUUCAGUGUACGCCAGCUGGUGUAUUAGCUUGUAUAAUCCCAACCUUCCGGGGAUAUCCACUAAAGCAGCCCUGUCCCUCCUGAGGUCCAAGCAGAAGGUGAGCAAGGAAACCUACACCAUGGCUACAGCUCCACGUCCAGAGGCAGGCAGGCUUGUCCCGUCCAGCUCCAGGAAGCCAAAAAUGACAGAGGUUCAUUUGCCUUCGCUCCUUUCUAAUGAAGGUCGAAAAGAUAUAACUAGAGCUGAGAAGGAAGAGGAUAAAAGAGGAAAAUCGGAAGAAGAGGCUCUUGUAACCAAACGAGGGGAGCCAGUCAGGAUCAAGAUCUUUGAAGGAGGGUACAAAUCAAACGAAGAGUAUGUGUAUGUGCGAGGCCGUGGAAGAGGGAAGUAUGUAUGUGAGGAGUGUGGAAUUCGCUGCAAGAAACCCAGCAUGCUGAAGAAACACAUUCGCACGCACACAGACGUCAGGCCAUACGUCUGCAAGUACUGUAACUUUGCUUUUAAAACCAAAGGGAAUCUGACUAAACAUAUGAAGUCAAAGGCCCACAGCAAAAAAUGUCAGGAGAUGGGCGUGUUGGUAUCUUCACUGGUGGAUCUGGAAGCCGAAGAAGGAACCAGUGAAGACCUAUUCCAGGACUCUGAGGGGCAGGAGGGAUCUGAGCCAAUUGAGGAACACCAGUUUUCAGACCUAGAGGAAUCUGAUGAUGAUGAUGACAAUGAAGAUGAUGAAGAUGAGGAGGAAGAGGAGGGCCAAGAUGAGCCACCUUUAAAGUUGCUGGAAGUCAAACAUACCAUCCUCCCGAUGAUAUACUCUUCAGGUGGCUCUCCAUCUUCUCAAGAGGAAGGCACUGAAACAGCAUUGUCCUUAGCCCAAGAAACUGUUUCCAGCAGCCAAAAAGUAGGUGAAGGCCAGCAGGCCUCCUCCUCAGGGCUGGAAACAAAGUGGUCAGCAGACAGCAGUGAUAUUGCUGUGUGCCACAGCUUCUUGAGUCUCCACAGACCAGCUUUGACCUCCACAGAACAAUUGGCUUCUGCCGAAAGAGAGUCUGUCACAAGGCCACAGAUGUCUUUAGUUAUGGACCUGUCAACCUCAAAAGACACCUCCCCGAGAAAAAGGUGGUCUCCAAGCCAGGACUCUGGCAGAGGUGGUGGCAGCAGCAGACCAAUGCUAGCGAGAAAGCACCUAUUAACCAAAAAUGAAACUUCACCCAAACGGUUUUCACCAACUGGAGAGCUGUCUUCUCUAAGGUGUCUGUCUCCAGGGAGAGGGUUGUCUCCUUGCCAGCGCGUCUCUCCCAGGAGGGAGGCAUCUCCACUGAGAUGUGUGUCACCAAGACUUGAGCUGUCGCCCAGCAGGCAUCUUUCCCCCAGAAGAGAGCUGUCCCCAAGAACAUACCUUCCACCAGAAGGAGAAGUCUCCCCUGUGAGGCACUCGUCACCGAGCAGAGAGAUGUCAUCAGUCAGAUAUUUAUCACUGAAGAAAGUCUUGUCUCCAGGCUGUUCAGAGUCGCCGAGGUAUCCAUCCCCCGGGAAAGAGGACUUGCCUGGCACUAGCAAAUCAGCAGAUGACAAAGUUCAAAGCUCAUACCAAGCCCAGCAUGGGAUAUUAUCUUUGAUGCCUCUACCUCACAGGUUCUUUGGCAAAAACGUACAGCUCUAUGAGUCCAAGCCGAAGAUAGAACCACGAAGCCCAACAUGCUCACCUGGCAUCACGCAGCCCGUCUGCUCCAGACCCUUGCAGGCCCCUCAUGAGAUACAUGUCCACACUCCCAGCCGAGGGGAGGAGAAUGUCUUCAGCCAUCUCCCGUUGCAUUCGCAGCAGCUCACGAGGACCCCGUAUCCCAUGAUUCCCAUUGGGGGCAUCCAGAUGGUCCAGGCGAGGCCGAGCACCCAUCCCGGCUUGGUGCCAAGUUCAGUUGUGUCCCUGCAAGCGAGAUACUUUGCCUCUGGUGGCAGCAGCUUCGCAGAGUUCAGCCAGGCUCCCGAGGGGGAUGAGGAGCCACAGGUCCCGCGGGAGCCGUCGUCGGCAUCCGUCUCCCCGGUUGCAAAGGUUUCUAAAUACACACUGUCCCCAGAGCUUACGAGCAGAGAAGAGAAAAUGAGGACUAGUGAGCUUCAGCAAAAGACAGACCAGGAGGAAUACAGGGUAAAAAUGUUUGCUGAGUCUAGCCACGCAGAGCAGGCAGGCUGCUCGGCGUCCCCAGCCAGCCCCAGCCCAACCGACGAGCACUCUCCAAAGCCUUCGACAAGCGGGGAAGAACCCUUAAUAAAACCGGGCAAGAAGCAAUCGGGCAGCUCGAGCACUUCUUUGGAAUCAUCCUGCACUUUCAUCUCAGAUCUCCCCUCCCAGCCGUUGGACCGAAGCAGCAGCACCGGCUGCCUCUCAGAGCCCUCAUCGAGCCAUUCGCACGCCCAACCGUUCACCAUCCGGAGGAGAAACCUCUCCGGAGAGCCCAGUCGCCGAGGGGGAUCCUCCAGGAAGAGCAGUCCACACCUAGAGCACGCAGAUUUGGGUCAAACUCAAACAAAGGUGGACGAAAACACAGGCAGUACUUAAACCUCCACCAUCUGUUCCACCUUUAGGCUUCCUCUGUAAAAUCAACAGACAUUUUCAACACUAUUUCCUUUAGUAUAAUCCUCGCUAUACGAAGCACUCUAGUGAAUGACCAAACCCAUGGAAGAUUCCUGGUUUUCUUUGUCCCAGUCUGGUAUUAUCUCCACAUGUAUGCAGUUACUUGUGCCUUUUUCUAUACCUUUUGUUGCUUGAAAUGUACAAAAAUGUUUGAGGCUGUGAAUAUUUUUUUAGAGUUUUGGGGGAAGGGGUUUGUUAGACCUUGUCUUUUUUUUUUUGCCAUUGAGGUGUGUGUUCUUAUGGGCCUGAGAGAUGCAGAAAGGAAAGGGUUAAGCAUUUUAAGAGGAAGAAGAUGCACUGAAAACAAAAACAAAACAGAGAAAACUUUUUUAUAUUGAUUAAAUGAUUAAAAAAAAAAACCAAACCCCACACCCUUGCUCCUUGUGUACAGAAGUUUAUGAUUCAUAUUUAUUAUAAUUUAAUUCUCGCAAAGUGCUUGUUUUCUUUUUUUCUCGCAUCCCUCCGAUUGCCUAUGGUUGUGCUUUAAACACUUGAGACUGCUUUACAUUGGAAAAAGAAAAAUGUGUUUAUCCUGAACUUGUACCUGAAACUCGCAAUUCCUUGAGGAGGGGGAGGUUCGUUCCAGAGAGAAAUUGUCCCUUGAAAGAGAGAAAAAUGCAUCCUGAACAUCCCUCCCUCCUGCAGAACCCAGCAAAGCACUUUUCUUAAAAGGGACACACACAAAAAAAUGGGUUUUCUUCAAAGAUUUCAUUGCAAGAACACAGGAAUGUAUCGAAUGUAGAGCCAAUGCCAGGGACGGCAGCUCUCGCUGGAUGAGCCGGCCUCCUGCUUGCUUUAAUCCUUUCAUCUCGAUGCCCCCAGCAUCACCCCGGCCAAGUCCUGACUGUGCCUGAGAGCCCCUCUGCUCUGGGGGUCGGAAGCCCUCUCUCAACACCCUCUGUUGGUUUAAAAGUGGGAGCAAACUCCUCUUUGCAACUGAUCUAUCCUCCCUAAGUCUUGAGUCACGGUCCAGCUUCCUCCAUCCCAUCCCAUCCCAACCCAUCCCAUCCUAUCUCAACCCAUCCCAACCCAUCCCAUCCUAUCUCAUCCCUUCCCAACCCAUCCCACCCCAUCCCAUCUCAACCCAUCCCAACCCAUCCCAUCUCAACCCAUCCCCAUCCCAUCCCAUCCCGCUCAGCCCUGGCUGGUUUGGCCCCGUGGGGCUCUAGGGAUGCAGGAGGAGUUUGCGCUCUGCUCGUCGAGCCGCCCACCGCCCCGUGCCCCACACAGGACUGUGUCUGAUUUGAAUUCUCUUGAUUUAUUUAAGCAGAAUGUCCUGAAAGCAGCCCUUAUUGUGCAGACGGGCCUUUUCUUUUUGGUGUUUUGGAAGCAAAAAGCUAUGAUGCUGAGUGGUUCCUGUUUGCCGUCAGCUUGUUCUGCAUGCACAGUUAAGUUUUCCAGAGCAGAUUUUGACCUCUAAGCAUCCAUAGCAGAGCAAUGGCCUCUACUGCCAAAAAAUACCAAAUACAGAGAGACGCGACGAGCCUGUCCUCUCUGUCACAUUAACACACUUUUUAACCACAAACCUUCGAUACAUGUUUGUCCUAGCCGGCUCUUUACUACUUCAGAGGGUUUUCUGGGCUAUGGAAUCUGUACAAACCUCUUUUUUUCUCUUGUUUUUUUUUUUUUUUAUUUUUUAUUUAAACAGCAACAAAAAGAAAAAAAUAUAACUAUUUAACCAGUGGACCAGUUCUUUCUUCUUUCAGAGCUGUUCCAGUUUAUCGGGUACGUAAUAUGCUUUUUAAGAAAAAAAUAAAAUACAAAAAAAAAAUAAAUAAAAUGCAAAAUAAAAAAAAUAAAUGAAAAGAAAUCAAAUAAAACCCUGACUGAGAACAUAUUUCCUUGCCAGACUUGAUGAGCUAUAAACUGUUCCCAUUUCAUGGGCAAAUGAUAUAAUAUUUUUAAUGAUCUUCUGUGAUUUUUUUUUUCUUUUCUUUUCUUGUAAAGGGAAUUCAGUACAACAGAAGAUAUCAUGGAAAUAACAUUAAGGCUGUGACACUGACCAAACUGACAUCCAGAACCCUUUUAUACCUUAAUUAGCACUUUUAUCAACUUUCCCUGUUGCCCAUCUCCCCCUCUUUGGCCCCAAGCCUGGAAGCUGCUCCUGCUUUCAGCUCCCACGGCAGGAGCAGGGGCUGGGAGUUGAGCUCAGCCUAACAACUCCGUACAGUGAAAGGCUUAAGCGCCAGCUGAAAUCCUACGCAGGCUUUAAGAGUUUGCUUAAUAUCCAGAUGCCUCAGAGUGCAUCGCUCAACCAGGCUCGGUGUGAGCAUCCCUAGAAUCCAUCUACCAAACCUAGCAUCAAUUUGGACUUUCCCAGCUUCAGCCACUUUCCCCUCCUUGCCUUUGUCACACUCUUAACAUUAUUCCAAGGUAGCUUUUUGUAUUUAAUUAUAUAUAUAUAUAUAUAUAUAUAAAUUGUACACAAAGAUAAUCAGUGCGGCAGUUGUGCACCCUGCGUCCUGGUUUCGUUAGGUGCAUUUGCCAUGAGCUUUGGGCUAGAUCAAAUUUGCCCAACAUCUUUAACCAUAUCUUAAUCCUCCACCUGUUGAUAAUCAAUAUGGGUGUUUUUUAGUCUCCCUUUGUCAUUUCUGGAUGGCGGAGAGAAAAAAAGCCCAGCAAAACCCAGGCAUUCCUUAUGACAUUGGUUUCUUGUUUUUAUUGUUGUGGUUGAUCUUUUUUUUACGAUGAUUAUUUUUUGAAGCUUUCCCAGCAGCUCAAGAUCAUAGAAUCGUAGAGGCAUUGAGGUUGGAAGAGACCUCUAAGAUCAUCCAGUCCAACCAUCAAUUUGAUGAGUUGUGUGUAUAAUGAGUUGAAGCCUUCCUGCAUCUCGGCUGCGGAGCAUACAGGCUGGCAGUAGGACAGGGCUGCGUGUGACCAUCCAGAUGCCUUCGCCCACGGCCAGAAAAAAAAAAGAAAAGGAGUUCAGGAGAGGGCCGUGCAGCAGUGAAGUGCUCCACAGGUCAUGCCCUGCUUGGAUCCCAUGCCCAUCAUCUGGCAGGGACGGAGCGGGGACUGCUGAAUACUCAAGAGAUGGCUAAAACCAACCUCAAGGCUGUGUCGAGUCUUGAUCCUGUUCAGCUUCUCAGCGGGCGCGGUGGAGGAGGCUCUGGUGGGGGUGAAAUGGUGCUUCACACUGUACCUAAUGGGCGCAAUAUGGCCUACUGGAUAGGCAAAAAGGGUCAUAAACAAACCCAACUUGUAUAUUUAAGGGCUAAUUCUCACACUGACAGCUCCGAACUCUGCGGGAAGGGCAUCCUCCUCCGCGCUGGCACCAGCAUCUCCGUCUGGGGGCAGAGUGAGCAUCCCCGAGCGGCUGCCCCAGCCCUGCUGGGGAAUUCGAGUGUGACAUUGUGCAAAUCGCAUCUCCCCUCAGCCAAGGAGCACAGAUCCACUGAUUUUCAUACAGUUGUGCGUUAUUUACAGCAGGGCUGAGGUCUCGGCCAUCGCUGGUGGCUUUUUUUCCUCUCUGGGGCACCCGCUGGCUUCCCUGUGUCACACUUAGUGACAGCUGUUUGCAGCUCACAGCUUUUAACAUCGCUCUGGGUGUCUGCUCUGUCUGCAAAACAGGGGUGAUAAAUCCUGAUUUAGCCUCCACAAGGGCUGCAGGGGUGUAAGUUUGUGUCUGUACAGACACCUGGCAGAGCAGUUAGCAUUAUUAUUUGGAAGAGAAUGUAUUAAUAAUGCAAAUUAUAAACCAAAGCCCAGCCCCUCCUUUCCAUCAGCAGGUGGAAAUAAAAUCCUCUGCUUUUUUUAUGGCAGAGGUUCUUAAAUUUCGAGUCCGUGAAGGCACGUGGCCUCUAGAGACAGCUGCUCCUCUUUGUUCUGUACCUGGUUAAUCAGCCUACACUGAUAUUCCCUUCCCUGGCAAGCUCCUCGUGCAGCUCCCAUGGACACAGGGACCCAAUGGCAAAGGGAUGCUCUGGCAUCCAAGAAAUCCGUCUGCACAGAGAACUUGGCCCAUGUUCUUCAAUAACUCC